GCUUUCCGGCAUAUAAUGGAAAUGGAUUACACGGCCCCAACAAGGUAAUGAUGGAUUUUCUGGAGGUGCCAGGAGUGGGGACAUAUGAGGACUUUAACACUAUCGAUUGGGUGCGGGAGAAGUCUAGAGACCGAGACCGGCACCGAGAGAUCCUGAGCAAGAGUAAAGAAUCUACAUGGGCCCUUUUGCACAGUGUCAGCGAUGCGUUCUCGGGGUGGAUGUUGAUGCUGCUGAUCGGUUUGUUUGCAGGUUCCCUAGCCGGUCUGAUUGACAUUUCCGCGCACUGGAUGACGGAUCUGAAGGAGGGCAUUUGUUUGAGCAGGUUCUGGUUAAACCACGAGCAGUGCUGCUGGAAUUCUCGGGAUGUGAAGUUUGAAGACAGAAAUGAAUGUCCGGAAUGGAGAAAUUGGUCUCAAUUAAUACUCGGAGAGUCAGAGGGGGCAUUUCCUUAUAUCUUGAGAUAUAUAAUGUAUAUACUAUGGGCUCUCCUCUUCUCCCUCCUUGCGGUCUUGUUAGUCCGUAACUUUGCACCAUAUGCCUGUGGCUCCGGUAUUCCUGAGAUUAAAACGAUAUUGAGUGGUUUCAUAAUCCGAGGCUACUUGGGCAAGUGGACGCUGAUCAUCAAAACCAUGACUCUGGUGCUGGCUGUAUCGUCUGGCCUUAGCCUGGGGAAGGAAGGACCCCUCAUUCAUGUGGCCUGCUGCUGUGGGAACAUCCUGUGCCACCUUUUCACCAAGUACCGCAAAAAUGAAGCCAAGAGGAGAGAGGUGCUGUCUGCUGCAGCUGCCGCUGGAGUGUCCGUGGCCUUUGGGGCUCCCAUUGGAGGAGUCCUUUUCAGUCUGGAGGAGGUGAGCUAUUAUUUUCCCCUGAAGACCCUCUGGCGUUCGUUCUUUGCUGCACUGGUAGCCGCGUUCACGUUGCGUUCCAUCAACCCUUUCGGCAACAGCCGCUUGGUCCUGUUCUACGUGGAGUUCCACACUCCCUGGCACCUCAUCGAACUCAUCCCCUUCAUCCUCCUGGGGAUAUUCGGAGGCCUGUGGGGCGCCUUCUUCAUCCGUGGCAACAUAGCUUGGUGCCGCCGAAGGAAGACGACCAGGCUGGGCCACUAUCCGGUGACGGAGGUCCUGGUGGUCACGGCCGUUACAGCCAUCUUGGCUUUCCCGAAUGAGUACACCCGGACGAGCUCCAGCGAGCUGAUAUCGGAGCUUUUCAAUGACUGCGGCUUGCUGGACUCGUCCAAGCUCUGCGAUUACAAUAAUGACUUCAACAGCACCAACGUCGGGAACCUGCCUGACCGCUCGGCCCGUAGCGGGGUCUACACCGCCUUGUGGCAGCUGUCGUUGGCAUUGAUAUUUAAAGCGGUCAUCACCAUCUUUACAUUUGGUAUCAAGGUGCCUUCAGGUCUGUUCAUCCCAAGUAUGGCUGUGGGCGCCAUCAUGGGAAGACUCAUGGGGGUCUGCAUGGAGCAGCUCGCCUUCCACCACCACGACUGGCUCAUCUUCAAAGGGUGGUGUAGCCAAGGAGCAGACUGCAUCACGCCGGGUCUUUAUGCCAUGGUGGGGGCGGCUGCUUGCCUAGGAGGAGCCACCCGCAUGACGGUCUCCCUGGUGGUCAUCAUGUUUGAGCUGACCGGUGGACUGGAAUACAUCGUGCCUUUAAUGGCUGCGGCCAUGACCAGCAAAUGGGUGGCAGACGCCUUGGGGCGGGAGAGCAUUUACGACGCCCACAUCCACUUGAACGGGUAUCCUUUCCUGGAAGCCAAAGAAGAGUUCGGCCAUAAGACGUUGGCCAUGGACGUCAUGCGCCCGCGGCGUAACGACCCGUCCCUGACGGUCAUCACUCAGGACAGUAUGACGGUGGCCGACGUCGAGGCCGCCAUCAGCGAAACCACCUACAGCGGCUUUCCCAUUGUGGUGUCCCGAGAGUCUCAGAGGCUGGUGGGCUUCGUGCUGAGAAGAGACUUGAUCAUCUCCCUCGAGAGUGCGAGGAAGAAACAAGAUGGCGUCGUGAGCACUUCGAGGAUAUACUUCACGGAACACACCCCUCCCCAGCCUCCGACAUCACCUCCUAGCGUAAAACUCCGCUCCAUCAUGGACCUCAGUCCUUUUACCAUCACGGACCAGACUCCAAUGGAAAUCGUGGUGGACAUUUUCCGCAAGCUGGGAUUGCGUCAGUGUCUGGUGACACACAAUGGGAGACUGCUGGGAAUCAUUACGAAGAAGGACGUCCUGAAGCAUAUAGCACAGAUGGCCAACCAAGAUCCAGACUCUAUAUUUAUCUCUCACCGGGUGGAGGCCACUUCCGCACACAGCCAACGACUCCUGCGGCCUUCGUGUGAUCCUCUAUUCCACGGAGGUGCGAAGGCGGCGGUCCCGAAACGGAUCGGGAACGGCUGCGCCAAUUUCCACCUUCAUAAAUUUGGUGUCUUUGCCCUCAGCGAGCUAAGAAAAGCAGAAGGCAUUUGUGAUCACAGCCAAGAAGUGCACAGGCACCAGGAUGAAGGCUCUUGCAGGGAACUUACGGUGAUCUCUGGAGAAGUGCGCGCGCUCACUGACCCGAGAAACUACAGGAUGGAGAAAACCUACAUUUCUUAUGACAAAUCGCAGCGCAGUAUUGCAAUUAUAGAAAUCUUCUAG